AUGAGACUAAUAAAUAGCUAUAAAAUUAAUAUCCUUAUUAUCUCAUAAUCAGUCAACAUCGGACCGUAAUAAGAAGGACGGACCUCUUGCAGGAUGAACCGCCUCAUCCUAAUACUAUCGGCUGUGGCCGCGGCCGCUGCCUACAAGAACCCCUACUAUGCGCCGGGCCACUCCGCCAUGGUGCACCUCUUCGAGUGGAAGUGGGACGACAUAGCUGAUGAGUGCGAGAGAUUCCUCGGACCCAAGGGAUUUGGAGGUGUUCAGAUCUCACCCCCUAAUGAGAACCUGGUGAUCUGGGGCAAGAACCGUCCAUGGUGGGAGCGCUACCAGCCCAUGUCCUACAAGCUGGUCACACGGUCAGGCAACGAGCAGCAGUUUGCUGACAUGGUGCGGAGAUGCAAUAACGCUGGCGUCAGAAUUUACCCAGAUGCCAUAAUCAAUCACAUGACAGGUAACGACCCUGAGAAUGUUGGAACUGGAGGCAGCACUGGUGACUUCCACAACUGGCAGUAUCCUGGCGUGCCUUAUGGCAGGAACGACUUCAAUUGGCCUCACUGUGUCAUUGGUGGCAACGACUACGCUUGUUGUGCUGAUAGGGUACGAAAUUGUGAGUUGGCAGGUCUCAAAGACUUAAACCAGGGCACUGAAUACGUUCGUGACCAAAUAGUUAACUACAUGAACAGGCUCAUCGACUUAGGUGUAGCUGGAUUCAGAAUAGAUGCUGCCAAGCACAUGUGGCCAGGAGACCUCAGCGUCAUCUACAGCAGACUUCAUAACUUGAACACUGCUCAUGGUUUCCCGUCUGGUGCUAGACCUUACAUCUACCAAGAAGUUAUCGACCUUGGAGGAGAAGCUGUGAGAAGAGAAGAAUACACAUCCUUAGCGGCUGUCACAGAAUUCAAAUUUGGACUGGAACUGAGCAAUGCUUUUAAGGGAAACAAUCAGUUGAAAUGGUUGUCCACUUGGGGACCCGCAUGGGGUCUGCUGCCUCACGAGGAUGCUUUGACCUUCAUCGACAACCAUGACAACCAGAGAGGUCAUGGUGCUGGUGGAAACAUUUUGACCUACAAGCAAGCAAAGCAGUACAAAGCAGCUAUAGCUUUCAUGUUGGCACAUCCUUACGGAGAGCCUCAACUGAUGAGCAGUUUUGACUUCUGGGACACCGAAGCUGGCCCUCCGAUGGAUCACCAUGGCAACAUUAUUUCUCCUUCUAUCAACUCAGAUAACACGUGUGGAAAUGGCUGGAUCUGUGAGCAUCGUUGGCGCCCAAUUUACCAGAUGGUUGGCUUUAGGAAUGCAGCCGGCAACACAGGGGUCAAUGACUGGUGGGACAAUGGAAGCAAUCAGAUCGCCUUCUGUCGCGGUGGAAAUGCGUUUGUCGCUUUCAACGGAGACUCAUGGGCUUUGAAUGAGAGCUUGCAGACCUGUCUGCCAGCUGGUACAUACUGUGACGUGAUCUCUGGAGAGAAGUCCCACCACUCCUGCACCGGCAAGACAGUGACGGUGGGACACGAUGGCCGCGCUCACAUCAACAUCUCACCCGGUGACUUUGACAUGGUCUUUGCCAUCCAUGUUGGCUCUGAGUCAAGACUGUAAUCACCAACAACUGAGUAUGAACACCACUGAUCUACGGAGACAUACUCAGAAGGUACUUCCUACGGCAACACAUCAUAAGUCAAAAGUUUUUCAUUAUAAUACGAUCUGAGAUUAUUUAUAAUACUAAAAUUUAUUCAUAGUAAAAUUAUACGGUUUACGGUAUA